GUUUUGUCUCUCCACGCACUGUCUGCCGAAGCAAAAGCGGAGCGUGCAUGUGUUAGCUCACCGCAGGUAACUUGCAGGUUUCUUCGCGUCCCCCUUUGCGUGUCUGACUGGGGCUGGAGAAGAGGGAAAGCUCGCGUGAGCUUUUUUCAGCGGUGACUUCCUGCCAGUUCUCCCGCCUUUCUGCGUUUUUCUUGAGCCUUUCCAAAUGCACAAAUUCGCCUUUCUCCGCUCGAGACAGCUGCCGCCGCGCUCGUUUCUGAAGGCCAAGAAAAAGCGAAGAAAGUUGCACAGCGCCUCCCCUUUCCCGCGACGCGUCGCUCCCGUUCUUGUCUUUUUGCCUCUGAGUUUCGCCUUUUCCUUUUCGUCUUCCAAACGACGAAACGCAACACUAAACCUGCUGUGUCCAGAAACCGCCUAGAGAUCUACACCUUCGUACACCUUUGUCUAUCAGCGUCUUCGGAAAUCCCCUUGCGCAUGUAUCCACGUAGAUGCAUGUGUCUUGGCGGCAUACGUGAGAAACGUCUGGGUUUUCCCGCUUGUCGAAACCGAGUUCCCUUCGCGCGUUCUUUCUCCUGAACGCGGACAACUAGGCACCGAGACGGUGCAGAGAGGACGCGAAAGAAAGCCACCAAGCCAUCGCCAGCGGCCAUACACAGCGACCGCGAGGGGCGGCCCAGACCGAGGAGGCGGCAGAAAGAAAAAGAGAAAAGGACCAGCAAGAAAUCGCAGACGAAGAGAGCGAAAAUGCCAUGUCCCUGCGCCGGUUCUUCGAUGGGCCGACGGUUCAUCGGGUAAACUGCAGAGGCCUCUCGUGCGGGGACGCCCCGUCGCGAGGCUUCUGCGUUUCUUCGAUUUGAAUCCAGUGGUGUAAGGCCCAGAGGAGGCGAGCGAGAGAAAGACACAAACAACGAAACGCCGGAUCUAAAGACGUCUGAGACAAUGGACUCCCGAUCACGACCUGGGGACGGCCUCAGGCCCCCUGCAGAGGAGUCACACUCUGCUUCUGCUUCUUCUCUUUCUUCUUCUCUUUCUUCUUCUCUUUCUUCUUCUUUCUCGUCUUCUUCUCUUUCUUCUUCGUCUCCUUUGCCCUUCGGUGAAGUGUCUUCUUCUUCGACUCUGUUGAGGCCUGUAACUCUGCAUCCUUUACAGUCUUCGUCGAACAUGAGGGAUCGAGCGAGCUCUCGUUCGCAGCCUCUCGGAGGCAAGGGAAAGAAGCUCGCGGCCGGUCCGGGCGCCAUCGAUCCGUUUGAUUCUCUUGUUCCAAAGCACUCGACCUCGAAUUCUUCUGCCUCUCCCUCCUCCGCUUUCUCCUCUUUUCUGUCAAGCCCUUCAACUCAAAGUCUUCCUGCACAAACACAAACUCCGUCCAUCUCUUCCUCUUCUUCCUCGUCUUCUUCCUCGUCUUCCUCCUCUUCUUUCUCUUCUUCCUCCGCCUCCUCCUCUUCUGUCUCUUCUUCCUCCGCUUCCUCCUCUUCUGUCUCUUCUUCCUCCGCUUCCUCCUCUUCUGUCUCUUCUUCGAGUCGGGUGUUUCCAGGCGCCUUCUUGUCUCUGCCUGCUGAGCUGCCGCCGUCUCUGCAGUCGCGUUGGAGAGUGAGCGCGUACCGCCAUGUCUUUUUGAUUUGUCCACACCCUUCUCUGUGGCUCGCGGCGGUGGGGGCGGCGCCGCAGGUCUCAGGGACGCGUCGCGCCAUGCGCGGAGACCGCUUGCCAGUGUUGUUAAUCCAGCGAAGGUCGGGAAGCAUCAGUCAGCAUCUGCUGCCUCUCCGCACUGGCUUUCUUCUUCAACAAGUCGCUCCCCGACUCUUUGCCGCCGCUGUCUCCUCGGGCGAGUUGACGCGAGAAGCUUCGCAGCCUCCGCCGUCCUUCGGUCACUUCCACUUUGCCUUCGACGCGGACGCGCUCCUGGGGACGCUCGCCGUCGGCACCCGGCGGUUCCUCGUCGUCGUCACCGACGCUGAACAGACGGCUCAAUUCGAGGAAGAAGAGCCUCCCCUUUUUCUUCAGAGAGACGGAGCCGGACAGGUCCAGGCCGUUGCGAACAGCCUUGAGGGCUCGGGCACGGGAGACGACCUGGCGAGUGCCUCGAGAUCUGUAGGGGGUGAAGGAGACAACAGAGGUCGGGAAGGCGAGAGUGGAGUGCUGGGGCGUCGUGGUGAGACUGUCGGCGACGGCAGGUGGACUCGAAGAGUUGUUAAAGCAGUCAAGCGAGCUGUCUGUCUCCCGUAUCACGGGAGCGCCUCGGCGUCCCUCGCCCAUCUGCCCACCGCGGUCGUCCGGGGCCUCGCGGCGACGGAGGAGUCCAGGAAGCGACAGCUGGGUGCUCAAGGCUCGCUUCGGCGCGCCGAUAAGGCGGAGCAAGGCGCAGAGGCUGGGCUCCAAGAGGAGACAGGCAGGUCGGCGCCGAAAGCCAAGGCGCGCUUGCCGUCUCUGCCUUUGGAUCUGUUGGGCGCUGCGGAGACAGAAGGCCUCGACGCCGCCUCGGAUCACUUCGCCUUCACAGAUUUGGACAGCACCCCGCGAGAAGAGGCCGACCGAGCCGCGGCGCUCGCGCAACCUCCCGCGAGGGCGCUAUCCACAGAGAGCCAAGGCGACACUGGGGUACCGCCCUCCAGGGCCCCGACCGCCCCCGACGAUACGACCUCGGUCUUCUCACCUCUCAGUUUCUCCUCCUUUCCUCUGGGGCUCCCGCUUUCUGGGCGCGAAGGCGACGCCGCGGGAAGAGAGACGGACGCUGCUGGUCCGCUGUCUCUGUCGAGCCGCCUCACCGGCAUUCAGAGUUUCGUCUCUGCAGCCGCCGACAGCUUCGUCGGCAGUGCGUUGGGCACCGCCGUCACCUCCUCUUUCUCCGGCGAGAGUCGCGCGAACGUCACGCAGUGGAUGGCUGAGCAAUUCCAGUUUUCUCAGCAGACACAGCCGAGCUCCCUCAACCUCUCCCGGUGGCUCGGCGACGCCUCAGGCAGUCUCCCGUGGCCUGCAGUGAGCGCUGAAGGCAAAGAACCAGGCGCGGGUGACAGACGCGGAGACACUCUCAGAGAAGACCGAGGAGACAGAGAGGACGGCCAGCUCGUCGAGCUGCAAGCGGGAGGCUCUGGUGUGGGGGCAGAAUCUCAGGGCCUGGAGAGACGCCGAGAAGCGGUGGGACAAGACGAGGCUCCAGCAGGGCGAUGUCUCCAGGGCGAAGCUGCCUCGGGGCCUGUGGCGUUUUUUCGGGGACAGAGGACUUCAAGAAGUGCAGAGAACAAGGAGACAGUGGCCUCUCGGGGCGAGGUCGCUGGGAGCUGGGGUGCGGGCCUGGGUUUCGGCUUGUCGGAUCUCGCGGCGGUCGCGGAGCAAGUGACGUCAGAGUUCAUGAAGAGCGCGGAGCUGAGAAACGGUCUCCUCCUAGACCGCCGCCAAUCUGAGACUUCGAUUUCCACUGAGAGCACACCCGAGGGAAGAGACCGUCCCCAAGAAGGUCGCCGCACAAACGGCCGUCAGCCGGAUCGAGCAGCUGCUCUGGGGCUUUCGUCCGCGGUUGCAGUCACCGCAGUGGCGGCUGAGGAGACAGCAGCGAACAGCGAGGCCGAUCGUUUUGCACUGUCCAUUGAAAAGCUUCUCUGCAGUUGCUUCUACUACUCGUACGACGUGGAACUCACGCGCAGUCUCCAGAACCAGCAAGACUGUGGUGUUUUCGCGCGGCGCCAGGGCCUCCCAGGGUACUUCGACGGCGAGCCAAGCGACCCGGACAGUGCCACCGCCCUUCGGCUGGAGGAGACAGAGAGGCAGUUCGGUCGCUCGCGCGCCCAGCAGCGAGGCCAGAUAGACACUCGACAGGAAAACGGCGACGCUGGUUGUCCCGACAGGGAAGGAGUGGGCGACUCAGACCCCGCGACUUCCCUUAAAGAUGCUCAGGAGGCAGGCGCAAGUCGACAGGUCGGAGCCGCUUUCCUGGCCUCCAAAACUGUGUCGACCGAAGAAGAAGGAGAAGGAGAAAGAGCGGGAGAGAAAGAGAGAGAAAGAGAGAGGGAGCGAGAGGACAGGGAUGGACAGUACAGCUGGAAGGGCUCGGGUUUGAUUGCAGUCGCUGACGAAAGCUUCACAUGGAACCUGCAGCUCUACGGCGAGUGGUUCGCGGCUGGGAUCGACCAGAGGUGGAUGGUGCCUCUGGUGCAAGGCUACGCGGGAUAUGUGAGAUUGGAGCGUGCAAUUCCAGUGCCUCCAGGCCCUUCAACCUGGGCGUCUCUCCCUCGCUCGCUUCUGCCGCUCGGCCGCCGGGGCUCCUCGUCUGCGGUGGCGCCUCAGCGGGCGGCGCCUUCUCGCCCAGGCGGCGACGACCGCGUUCGGCUCCAAGUCCGAGAGGAGCCUGGGCCGGAGACACUGACGCAGAGUGUCGAGCUUCUUCUCCUUUGCAGGCGCAGCUGCAAACGUGGAGGCACUCGAUACAACGCCCGCGGCAUCGACGACCAGGGCAACGUCGCCAACUUCGUCGAGAGCGAGCAGCGCGUACGCCUCCUCGAAUACGCGGACGUCGCGCCAGGCGUCUCCUCGUCUGUCUCCUCGAGCGUCUCUGCGCGCGGCCGGUCGCGGCUGAGGCGGUCGACAGGGCGUUGGGCGAGUCUGGUGCAAGUUCGGGGGUCGGUGCCGGUCUUUUGGGAGCAGACGGGUCUGACGGCUCAGACGACAGUGACGCGGAACACGAUUUUGACGGCGCAUGCGUUUGAGAAGCAUCAGAAUUUUCUCUUUCGGCGCUAUGGGCUCAUCGUCACGUACGUGGACCUGCUCAGCGGGUCUCGGGGCUCUGAGGCGCGGUUGGUGUCUGCUCUCGAGCACCAGAUCAGUGCGUACGAACAUGAUCACCCUCAUGCUCCCUUCAUCCAUCACAUCCACUACGACUUUCACCAGCAAGUCAAGUCCAAGGCGUACGAAGGGGCGCUCGGCGAAUUCGUGGAGUCUCAGCUUCUCGAGUCGGCCGCCGCGAUCGGCUUCUUUCUCCAGCCGUCGAGAGAGCACCAGGGGACCAGGCGCCGCGUCGCGCGACCGAGAGACUCAGACGAAAGCCAGACAGAAACGUCGAACCACGCAGACUCCGACCUCGACAACGGACACAGACAGAAGGGCGUCCUGCGAACCAACUGCCUCGACUGCCUAGAUCGCACCAACGUCUUCCAGUGGUAUUUCUGCUGGUUCUGGCUUGUCCAACAUCUCCGCGCGAAUCAGUUCGACGCCUUCCUUCGUCCUGUGAAGAGGCGAGACUUGGUCGUCUACUCGGCCGCGUCGUCUCCGCCUCCCGGCGCCGCUGUCUCUCCUUCCACUCGGCUUCUCUUUGUCGGUGGCAGUGGACCUCCGACGAACUCUCCGCCUUUUUCUCGCCAAAAGGAGAGGAAGCAUACAUUCCGGAGACUCUCGUCUCUUUCGCAGCCUGCUUCUCGUCCGCGUUCUUCCUCCUCUCUCUCUUCUCUCGGAGACAGCCAAGCAGAGACGCACGGAGGAGUGCCGCCGCCAGAUGAUGGCGCGGCCCUCGCAACUUCCGCCGCGACUUCUUCUGUCUCUUCGUCUGGGUGGAUCUUCACGCCCCGGCGCGGAGACAAGAAGAACGGAAAGGCGGAGAGAAGUCGCGCAGACCUUUUUCAUGGCAAGAGAGAAAGAAAGAGGAGCGUCGUCGCCGAGGAGGAGAGCCACGGCGAGGAAGAGGUCCAAGCGCUGAAGGAAGAGGUCAAGAAGCUGUGGGCUGAUCAGGGCGAUAGCAUCAGCAUGUUGUACACGGGGACAGGCUCGGUGUUCACAUCGCACAUGAAACAAGGUGGAAAGGCGACUUUCUCAAGCAACUUGGAUCACGCAUGGAAGGCGCUCGGCAGGUUUUACCAGAAUACGUUUGAAGACACGUAUCGGCAAGAAGUGAUCGAUGUUUUUCUCGGUCUCCAUCGUUUGAGUACGUCGGUUUCUUCUUCCGCGUCGAACGGGCAAGCCGUCCGUACGCAGUCGGUUGCCUGGACAGGCUCGCCUUCCAAGUCCGGCUCGCGGCCUCUUCUGGCCGGCUACCGCACGCUGUCGCAUGCAGUCAAGGCCCCUGCGUCUUCCUGUGGAGAUCCUGGAAAGCGUCUCCACAUGAAGGCGGAGUCAAUGUGUGAACUGGCGCCUCCGAAGAAUCCGCAGCGCCUCGCGGAGACAGAGAAGACUGACCACAAGCCCCGCCUCGGUGUCGCUGCGCCCGGCGGCCUCCACUCGAGCGCGCCUUCUUCUUCUUGCGUCCCCGCUUCGUUGUCUUCUUUCUUGUCGUGCUCCUCCUCUCUGGGCUCCUCCUCCUCUUUUCCGGGGAACUCAGGAAGCAAAGAAGGAGGCGGAGACGCCGAGCGCGAGGUGCAGAGAGACGGCGAGCGUGUCUCCGACUCUCUGGAGGCGAGGGCCGAGGGCCGAGUCGCGAGCGAGGAGCGGCAGGUUCUGAGGCUUGCCGAGAGACAGCGAGAGGGACAGCGAGGAGACAGGCGCCGGGGAGAAGGAGACAGGAGAGCCGAGCGGGUCGGGGGCGGCGAUGUCCCUCUGCGCCUCUGGGUGGGCACUUGGAACCUCGCAGGAAAGGACCUGCACGAAUGGGAUGACAUCGAGCCUUGGCUGACGCCCGUGAAGGAACAAGCCGACGUGUAUGUCUUCUGCAUUCAAGAACUGGUGGAGUUGACAGGUUUCCGCGUCUUGAUGAACAUGAAGGACAGCGACAAGGAAGCGCGUCUCGAGCAGAAGGCGUCGGCGGGUGUCAACAACUUGGUGCAUCACUUCCCGGAACCGCCUUCGUCGUCUCUGCGUCGAAGACGUUUGCAGGCGUUCUGUUCUUCUCUCUCGUCUUCUCCGCAAGACCCUGACUUGAGCCAUUCGCCGUCGGUGCCGUCUCCAAGUCCCUCGGUGGCCACUGGCUCCGCGGUCCUGACGGACGCCUUCGCUUCCCACCCCUCCUCUCUGGCGUCGGCUCUGCCUCGGGGAUCCAAGAAGAAGGAGGAAGGCGGCAGUGUCUCCUUCUUCGGGCGCCAGUGGUCCUCUUCGUCUUUCUCUUCAGUGCGCUCGGUGAACUCGCAAGAGGCCGUUCCAGCUUGGUUCUCCUGGGCCUCGCGGCCCGCCGACGACGAGCGCGGCCUUGAGGCCCCGGAGGCAACUCGAGGAGACACCACUGGCGAAGCGAGGGAGACCGCCGCGCGCGCGCCUCACUCGACCUGCGCAGCUGAAUCGAGUCGCGGACGCAGAAAGCCGCUCCCGCCGUUCGUCAAGGUUCGCGCCUGCUCCAUGGUGGGCCUCCUGAUCAUCGUCUACAUUCGCACUGAGUUGCGGCACCUCCUCGCAGGCGUCGAAGUCUCCUCGGUGAAAGUGGGCUUGAAAGGCAACGCCGGAAACAAGGGCGCCGUCUGCGUCCGUCUCUGCAUAGGCGCUACGUCCUUCUGCUUCGUGAACGUACACUUGGCAAGUGGGCCGAGCAGCGGCCAGGAACGCAUGCAGCAAAUGACUCAAAUUCUUCAGCAGGCGUUUCAGUCGGGACCCGCCUACACACCGCCCAUCCUGGAACAUGACUUCGUCCUCGUCGGUGGAGACUUCAACUUCCGCCUCGUCGCCAGUCACCAGCAAGUCGCAGACACCCUCGGCUUCCCCAAUCCUGUCCCCGUUCUCCUCAAAUCGGACCAGUUUUAUGUUAGCAAGCGACAUGCAGUGCCUCCGUUUUUCCAGUUUCGCGAGGCUCCCAUCUCAUUCCUGCCAACUUACAAAUACAAGAAAAGUUCUUCGCACUACGACAUGAAGAGAACACCGGCUUGGUGCGACCGCAUCCUGUUUUGUGGGAAGCUCCUUUCUGGAGGGACCCAGUCCUGUUCUUCUCUCGAGUUGAACAGAACGACAGCUGGACUUCGAGCGACGCCGGAGACUGGAGACAGCAACAGGGCGACGAGGCGUGACGAGGCGACGGAGACAUCACCUCUGCAGGUCUUAUCGUACACAGACCACCCUCGGUACUUCGCUUCCGAUCACAAACCUGUCUCUCUCGUGUUGAACGCCACAAUCUCCAUCCCGAACCUGCCGCCCGUCUCCGGCCGCGGGUCUUCAGACUCUGGAGAGAGUGUGGGGUUUGAGUCCUGCGCCUCCUCGCCGGCUCUGCGCGAGCGCGGGGGAGUGCCGAAAGGAGACAAAAGAGACACCGACGACCUCGAAGACUUCUUCCUGGCCAUCCGCGAGGAGUCUCCCGGCCCCGCAAGGCCAGAAGACCCCACAGUUUACUUGGAGGACUUUGAGACUGCCGGAGACAGAGAGCUUGAAAAGAGCGACGCUCUCUUGACGGAAGAUGAGGACGAGAAGAAGCGCGAGAGCGACGAGGCCAACGGAGCGCGGAAAGAGUUCUUCGGUGAGACUGGAGUUGACAGGACAGACGACGAAGAUUUACUUCAGUACGACAGAGGAAGAUCUGCGAGAACUGCCAAGGAAGAGCGAGAGUGGAACGACUUUGCUCCGCCGUCGCGCCCCGCCGCGCGAGGCCGCGACACACCGUCUGUCGAUCUCCUCGGCGACAGCGGCCCCGAGGUAUCUCCUCCUCUGUCUGCGGCGGUCGAACUCGCGGAAACAAAGCAGUCUCUGUCUCCUGGAAGAGACUUCGACUUGCUGGAAAUGUCUCCGGGCUUCAAGACUGUAAGGCCGCCUUUCGGCGAGCAGGGACGCGCGGCCGGCCAGCCGCCUCUCGCAGGUGUCGCCGCCUUGGGCCCGCCGUUGGGCUCCAAAGGAGACAGUCGCGGGCCCCAGGCGGGCCGCGCGGAUCCGGGGAGAGGGUCUGGGCUCCUGGCCGUCGACCUUGGCGACGCAGGCACCGGCGCGGGAGAGGCGGCGAGACGCGGCGGAAGGCGAGAAGACCGUUCGAGAGACGCGCAAGGCCGUGGCGGCUUGCCGGUCGUUGGCGAGGAAAGGAGCGACCAGCCUGGUGGCCAGAAGAACAAUUCACUGUGGACAUUUUUGGAGUUCGACGAACUGAAGGAUCCCCGAGAAUCCCAGACAAAGACCGGGUGUGUGGCGCCGGGGCGGGGACAAGAGAAGAAGCCCCAAGAUCCCUUCGAUGACCUCCUCUCCUAGGGGGCUUGCCUCUGUCACUCCUCUGAUAAAUUCAUGUUCCUUUUUCUCUCUCCCAUUCUUCGUCGGUCGACACGGGGGGCUCAUACACCCCACACAGAGAGACACACUGGGGAUCCUCGGUUCGAGGGUCCUCUCCACCCUUCACCCUUUAGGUCUCUUCCGCGAUUCUCCUCUCUGGAGUCGCAGUUUUCCCCGAUCGCACUCUGCCACCAAGAACAGGUACACACGCGCGUUUGUCCGUUGAACAAAGUGGAGUGGCGGCUUCGGGACAGCCGCUUUCGCCUGGAGAUUGCGUUUCACUGGUCAGAAAAAAAGAGCCGAGGUUCUCUGUGUCUCCCUGCCCCUCUGGGCAUCUGGCAGACGCACGAGAGAAUGUGAGAACAGCGCGGAUGGCUUGAAAGACUCUGACUGGUUCCUUCCUGAGCAGUCCUGAGUCUUUUUUCACUUUCGUAGCCCUCGAGUCGGACUUCGGUACUGCGGGGGAGAACUCGCGAUUUGACGGUCGUACUCCAAAGCUUUUCAUUUCGCCGACGAUUCUUGACUUCCUGACAGUGUGGAGAGACUCGAAAAUCGCCUCCGGGAUGAUUCUCCCUCGGCGCGACACAAACUCAGGUUUCUGCGUUCCUUUUGUGGGAUAUGUUCAUGUGAUCUCACGUCCUUGAAGGGACCGCGCGAAAGAAAGUGACAGUUUCUCUCAGAGACGCUUCUGCCAACUUGUCGAGAGAAGGAAACGCGCGAAAAAAAGCUCUCGUCAAACGCGGUGUCAAAAGCACUUU